AUGAGUGGGACAAACCAGUCGAGUAUCUCCGAGUUCCUCCUCCUGUGGCUCUCCAGGCAGCCCCAGCAGCAGCAGCAGCUCCUCUUCGGGCUCUUCCUGAGCAUGUACCUGGUCACAGUCCUGGGAAACCUGCUCAUCAUCCUGGCCAUCAGCACAGACUCCCGCCUGCACAACCCCAUGUACUUCUUUCUUAGCAACCUGUCCUUUGGGGAUGUCUGCUUCUCCUCUACCACUGUUCCUAAAAUGCUGGCCAACCACAUACUCAAGAAUCAAUCCAUCUCCCUCCCUGGGUGUCUCACACAGUUAUAUUUUUUCAUUAUGUUUGCCCAUAUAGAUAACUUACUCUUGUCAGUGAUGGCCUAUGAUCGCUUUGUUGCUGUAUGCCAUCCCUUACACUACACAACAAAAAUGACCCAUCAGCUCUGUGCUCUGCUGGUCGCUGGACCGUGGGUCACUGCUAAUAUGAAUGCUCUGUUGCAUACCCUGCUGAUAGCUAGACUUUCAUUCUGUGCAGACAACAUUAUUCCCCACUUUUUCUGUGAUGUGAGUCCUCUCUUGAAACUCUCCUGCUCUGAUACACACCUCAAUGAAAUGAUGAUUCUUACUGAAGGGGCACUGAUAAUGAUCACCCCAUUGGUUUGCAUCCUGGUUUCCUACAUUUGCAUCACUUGUGCUGUCUUGAGAGUCCCAUCCACAAAAGGAAAAUGGAAAGCAUUCUCCACCUGUGGCUCCCACCUGGCUGUGGUUUCCCUCUUCUAUGGCACCAUCAUUGCUGUGUAUUUCAACCCUUCAUCCUCCCACUCAGCUGAGAAAGACACAGUAGCUACUGUGAUGUACACUGUGGUGAUUCCCAUGCUGAACCCUUUCAUCUACAGCCUGAGGAACAAGGAUAUGAAAGAGGCUCUAAGAAAAAUGAUUGGCAGGAAGACAGGUUCUAUAUGA